AUGCCAACUAUCUAUGAUGUGCAGCGCGAAGAAUUGUACACCGCAGAUCCACGUACAAGUACGACUUUUGAUACUUAUGGAUCGGUUGGUACAGCUGUUGGUUAUAUGUCGGCCAUCACUCCACGACAAGUGAUCAUCACUCGGCCAGUUAAGAAUCUGGGCGGUGGUAGUCGUCAUGUCACAUCGAAAAUGAGCGUAUCUCAUUCAAUGUCAAGCAGUGCCUUACCGCUACGAAGUAGCACUGCUGGUGGUGGUAGUGGUGGUGCGGGUGCAUGGGCACUCAUUCCAUUUACUAGUCAACGUGCCGAAGAAAAACGCCAACUAGCUGAGCUGAAUGAUCGAUUUGCUGAAUACAUUGGUAAAAUCCGUUACCUGGAAGCAGUCAAUCGAAAGCUUAGUCGUGAUUUGGAUAAUAUCCGAAAUAAGAAAGGUAUUGGUUUACAACGUAUACGUGAAAUCAUAACACGAGAAAAAAAGGAAGCUGAAGAAACUCUGAAACGAAUGGAAGACGAUGUUCGUUCAGGACAAGGUAAACGACAAGAAGCAGAAGCGCGUCUGAAACAAGCCGAGCAACGUUUACUGACUGCUCAACGACCAGAUCAAAUCAACGCUGCUAAAGGUCAAUUAAAACAGCUGCGUGAAAAAAUCAUUGAUCUCGAAAAAAAAAUCGACUUAAUUCGAAAGACGAUUGCUGACAAUGACGAUGAAAUUGCCUUAUACAAUGCUGAGUUACAACGCAUUCGCACUGAUGUUGCCAAUCUCAUUUCAGAGAUUGCCAACGAAGCAACACAGAAGCAAUUACUAAUGGCCGAAAAGACCGUUCUUGAACAGGAAUUGAAAGCCUUAGAUACUGCACAUAAAUUCGAUGUCGAACAACUUCGUUCAAAAGUCGCGAUUGCGAAUGUUGAUCCAGCACCAUUCUUUGAAAGUGAAUUAACAUCAGCUAUACGUGAAAUCCGUAAGCAAUUCGAAAACAUUACCGAUCAACAGCAGCAACAACUACAGAAUUAUUACCAGGCAAAAGUCAGUGCACUGAUUGAAUACCAUCAACCAAAAGAACCUGCUGAAUCGCAAUGGCAAACUGAAAAGAUACGAGAAAUUACUCGAAGCAUAUCCGAUAUACGUGGUCGUGUUAGUGCACUACAAAUGGAAAAUCAAGAUCUCGAUCGACAAAUAUCUGAUAUACGUCAACAAAUACAAUCUACUAACUAUCACGAAGAUCAACGUCUUGUCGAUGAACAACGACGUUAUCGUGAAGAAAUCGAUCGUAUAAAAGGUUAUAUAAAUGAUUUAGAAAAAUAUCGUACAACGUUGGAAGAAGAAAUCCGCCGAUAUCGAUUGUUAUUGGAAGGUGGUAAUAAUCAAGUCGGCUUACGACAUUUUGCCGAAGAAGCCGAAAAAAUCAUGAAUCGUGGUCGAUCAUUGCUCGAUUCUCUUAAUUUACGUCUGAUGAGAAAUACUUCAGGUCCAAGUAGUUCUCAUAACGUUCGUGAAGUGACUUAUUCAACAUCAUAUUCAUCUGUAGGUGGUCUUAGUGGUCGAUCUCCUUCAACUUCACGUAACGUUUCACCACAUCGUUAA